GGGGGUUGUAUGGACGGAUCACAUUAGUAUUCCUGUCCUAUCAAUGUGCGGGGCCGCGAACAACGUCAGCCGGACCGAUUCCCUGCGUCUGUCAGUCCCGCCACGGAUUCAUUAGGGAUCCUCAAACAGAUGAGCCCCGUGGAGACGAAGAAUCAAGACAACGACCAACUGCCUGCUUCGGGGACUGCCAGCCCUUCCAGGCCUGGUGACGGGGGAGGGAGGAGAUAGACGAACGGAGAGCCGCUGCGGGAAGACACCCGAGGCUAGAGCGACAAUCUCCCCCUGCCCGCCCUCCCCUCCACCUGGCAGCGCAGGCUUUGAAAGCUGCUCACCCAUCUGAAUGGAAACUAGGAACCGCCGGGCGGCGUGUUCCUUCUCGCCUAGCCUUGCGAUCCAUGCCGAGCGGAAGACAGUGCGAGCCCGCGCCAGCGUCCAGCUCCCGGGACAGGGCCGGCAGUGCUGCUGAGCAGAACUUGACCGAGCUCCUUCCUCACUGCUAGUGGAAGCGAUGCUGCACGGCACAGCCAGCGCUUCCCCGGCUCUCCUUCAAGCUGAAGGUUACCCACCCGCGCAGCCAGUCCCAAGCCUGUGAGCGCCGCGCCUCGGGUCCCGGCUCCGGCUGCUUGGAGGCGGCGCGCAGGGCAACUACCUGGCCGCCCGCGCCGGGGCGCACUGCACCAGCGGCUUCGGCUUGGUGGAUGUGUAUGCAUGAGUUCUGCACCGAAUGGGCGCAAAAAGCGCCCCAGCCGGUCCACCCGCUCCUCAAUCUUCCAGAUCAGCAAGCCCCCGCUGCAGAGCCGGGAUUGGGAGCGCAGGGGCAGCGGCUCCGAGAGCGCCCACAAAACCCAACGAGCCCUGGACGAUUGCAAGAUGCUUGUCCAAGAGUUCAACACGCAAGUGGCCCUGUACCGAGAAUUGGUCAUUUCUAUCGGGGACGUCUCUGUCAGCUGCCCCUCACUCAGGGGGGAAAUGCACAAGACAAGAACCAAAGGCUGUGAAAUGGCCCGCCAGGCACACCAAAAACUUGCUGCCAUCUCGGGCCCAGAAGGUGGUGAGAUCCAUCCAGAAAUCUGUCGGCUCUACAUUCAGCUGCAAUGCUGCUUAGAAAUGUACACAACAGAGAUGCUAAAAUCCAUAUGUCUGCUGGGGUCUCUUCAAUUUCAUCGAAAAGGAAAGGAGCCUGGAGGGGGAACCAAGAGUUUGGAUUGCAAAAUUGAGGAGUGUGCUGAAACACCUGCUCUAGAGGACUCGUCAUCAUCCCCUGUAGAUAUUCAGCAACAUUCCUGGCAGGUUUCCACAGACAUUGAGAACACUGAAAGAGACAUGCGAGAAAUGAAAAACCUUUUAAGCAAACUCAGGGAAACUAUGCCUUUACCAUUGAAAAAUCAAGAUGACAGCAGCCUUCUAAAUCUAACUCCCUACCCCCUGGUUAGAAGACGGAAGAGAAGGUUCUUUGGGCUGUGCUGUCUCGUCUCAAGCUAGGUGAUUCCUCCUGGAAACCACCACUAGGAAGACCUGAAAAUAUCACUGAACCCGAGGACCUCCAGACAGCUGAACCACAGUUAUUGGUUUUCGACUAUGUUUUCUAUGCUUCCUUAUUACUUUUAUCCACCUCCCACCGCCCUUUGAAACGAUUUUACAUUUGAAAGCAGCUGCUGUCAAGAAAAAAAAAAGAUUCAAAAAGCAGGCUGUUUUUAAAAGGAUUUUUAAAGCUGACAUUGUGCAUGUCUGCUCCAAACCACACCAUGACAGAUGCAAGAAUUAUGAUGUUUAAAUUAUUGAAAGGUUUUUCUAAGUAUUACACAGAGAAAAAUUAUUUCAUGUAGAAUAGUAUAUCUAUAGCUCUUGCUGAUGUCACGUUAACAAAUGAUCACAUAUGAGAGUCUUUAAACAUAGAAAUCUAUUUAAAACUGCAAAACUGUUCAAAAUCCAACCAAUAUUAGGAAUAAUAUUAUAAUCAAACAUAUACCACCUCAACCUAUUGCUUUCUCUGCACUCAUUUACGUUUAGUCUUCCAUUCUGUCAGAAUCUAAGAGCUUCAACGUAAAAAUAUCUUAAUUUAUAAUGCAACAAGAACAUAUAUGAAAACUAUUUAAAUUUUGUAAAUACACAAUAAUCCUAAUAACUUCAUACAAUGCAUAUGGGCAACUAAUUUCCUUUCGAUCCAAUGGUGUCUUUUUCAGCUUCUUGGAGAAUGAAGUAAUCCAGUUAGGAAAUGGUGUAGUGAUAUAUACAAUUACCCUCAAAUGUAAAAUUGAGUAUUAUCAUAUUUUGUUCUAAUUGAAAUCUGAAGCAUGAUGUCUGCACAUCAGCAUAGUGUUAAAUCUUAUAGGGCAUGCUGGAAUUAGCUCAGAUCGUAAAAAUACUUAACAUUUUACAUUGUUAAUAAAAUCUUUUUAGUUAAGCUAAGUUUGUCUCAUUUUAGAUGACUAUGCAGAUAGGACUUUUCCAACGUGUACUUGGUGUCUUGUCUUAUGCUUAGAAUCUUAAAAGCAGGACACAUUAAGCAAUACUCUAUUUUAGAAAGGAGGAAGCCACACGCUUUGUUUUUCUGCUCACAGCUCUGCUGUGCUCUUCCUCCACUAAACUCGUAACAUGAUACAGAUUUUGUUAUAUUUUCCCUUGCUCUUCCUUUGGCCCAUUUCCCAGACAGAGUUUCCCAUGGGUUGAAAGAUCAAGCCUUUGGACUGCUUUUCUUGUUUUCCAUAGUCUGAAAUUCCUAAAGUCAGACAAGAGGCACCAGAGUCCAGCACAAUAAAAGGAUGACCUAUACGUGGUUUAUCCAAGAUGCAUCUUUAAUCCCAACCCUAUAAUUUCACAGUAUUUAUGUGCACAGGCGUUUAUAAGUCCACCAGUAUUUUGACCUGAAAAGUAAAUAUACUCAAGCUUUUAGCUUUAGUGAAGAGCAAGACAAACUACUGGAAUAAUUAUAGUAUUAGGUUGAAUUAUAUGAAACUGCUGAUAUUUGACUGUUUUUGACCUAAAAAAUGGCAGCUUCAUAUAGCUCAACCUAAUAUCUGAUGUUGUGGAAAUUAUCCUUGAAAUUGUCUUCUAGUUUUUUUGAUUGAAAGUGAAAGGAUUAAAGAGUUGGAAGAGAUCUCAAAAGGCGAUGCAUACCUCUAUUUAGAUCACACCAGCUGGUUUUUGGCCUUAUUCUUGGAGUCCAGAGAUGUAUUCCAGUGAGUUGGCAAUUGACGCAUGGCUAUAGGUAUGAAUAGCUUCAUAUCAAGACGUACCCUUGAAAGUUAUACGAGAAAAAUCACAAUUUCCUAAAUCAAAUACUUGUAAUACAGUGUGGGAAUAUGCUAUUUUAAAACUCCUAGGGUGACUGCUCCUUUGCAAAGCAGGUAACCACUCCCAAAUUUACCUGGUCCUCAAACCCUGAUUUUCAUAAAUCAGGUUUGAUUCAAGUUUAAUAUCCUUUCCUGGAUGCAGUUCAUUUUUAUCCCCUGAAGUUUAAUUCACUUCAGGUCCAUUGUUUUAGAAAUUAUGAAGGAGCCCAAUCUGGCACGCUCUCAGCUCCCAUCUCUGCCCUCUCCCACCUUCCACUAUACUGAACCCUUAGCUUCAAUCUAGUUCCCACUAAAAAAACUACAUGCAGAGUUAUUAACAGAUAAGCCCAGCCUUGGUGUUCAGCACCUUCUUCUAAAUGCCAGACCUAAAUCACUUCUGCUUGGUUAAUUUGUGCUCACUCUUGCCUUAGCCUCAGUGUGAAAGUAACACCUUCCGUGCAAUUGUCCUUUGUACAACUGAAGACUGUUAAUAAAUUCAGGUCUCACCUCCAUGUCUGGGGAGGGCUAUAGUAGCUAUUCAUGGAGAUGGGGAUUUGUCUAAUUCCCUAGCUAGGCUUUCCAUAUCUAAGAGAAAUAAAUUCAGCCACCUUAUCUUUUCUUCAUAGUGCCUGUUUCCCGGCCUUGGAUCAAUUUUGUAGUUCCCGUGGACACACUCCAAGAUUUAUAGAUCUUCUUUCACUAUAGCAGGUCCUAAAAUUAAAUUUAGCGCUCAAAGUCCCAAUAACCUACCCUGGCUCAGAGCUGCAAUGGGUAAUUCAUCAUCUCCCAUUAGGUAUGCCAAUGCAUCUUGUUAGGAGCUGACCCUACUCCCCUGUCACCUACCAAAGGACUUUCUCAGGUGUAGUUCCAUGAGAUAACUGUCUCAGCUUCCUGCUGGUAAUUUUCUUUCAGAUUAGCAAUAACACCAAGCUGAUCUCUAGGGAUAAAGAGAGCCCAUUGAACUCAUUUUGUUGCAUGUAUGCAUAUUCUUGAAACAAAAAAGAAUGUAAAGUUUUUUCUGGCACACAACCACCCAUUUUACCACCAUAUUUUUCAUAUCCUGUGUUGAUCUUUUUUUUUUU